GCCAUUAUCCCCCGAGCCAGGCCGGAGGGGGGCUCCCAGAGGAGCUCUCGGCUCUAAGUCCCAGCCCCUCUCAGAGGAGGCGUGCGGCCGAGGUUCUGCAGCCAGAGGCUUCUCGGCUCCGAGCUCCGGAGCCAGAUGUAACAUUGACCUUAAAUGGUAAAAGCUCCCCAGAGUGAAGGGAGGCUGGCCAGAGGAGGAAAGGAGAAUAACUCAGUUUUAGCCUGUGGAGCCCAGGCCUCUUGGAGCAUCUUUGGGGCUGACGCGGCGGAGGUUCCGGGCACACGUGGCCACUCCCAGCAGGAGGCUGCCAUGCCCCACAUUCCCGAGGACGAGGAGCCCCCCGGAGAGCCACAGGCAGCCCAGAGCCCUGCCGGCCAAGGUCCUCCUCCCGCAGGAGUAUCUUGCAGUCCACCUCCCACGAUUGUCCUGACUGGGGAUGCCACUUCACCAGAAGGAGAAACCGACAAAAACCUGGCCAACAGAGUUCACAGUCCCCACAAGAGGCUUUCUCACCGACACUUGAAGGUGUCCACUGCCUCCCUGACAUCUGUGGACCCCACGGGGCACAUCAUUGACCUGGUGAACGACCAGCUGCCAGACAUCAGCAUCUCAGAGGAGGACAAGAAGAAAAACCUGGCGCUGCUGGAAGAAGCCAAGCUGGUGAGUGAGCGAUUCCUGACCCGCCGUGGGAGGAAGUCCAGGAGCAGCCCCGGAGACUCCCCAUCAGCUGUUUCCCCGAACCUCAGCCCCAGCGCUUCUCCUACAUCCUCUCGAAGUAACUCGCUUACAGUCCCCACCCCGCCAGGUUUGGAUGUGUGCAGUGGCCCGCCAUCCCCUCUGCCUGGAGCGCCACCACAGAAGGGGGAUGAGGCCGACGGCUCUUCACCUCACCCUGGCGAGCCUAACGUCCCCAAAGGGCUAGCUGACAGGAAGCAGAAUGACCAGAGGAAAGUGUCUCAGGGCAGGCUGGCUCCUCGUCCUCCUCCAGUUGAGAAGUCCAAAGAGAUUGCAAUAGAACAAAAGGAAAACUUCGAUCCGCUCCGGUACCCCGAGACCACACCCAGAGGCCUAGCUCCUGUCACAAACAGCAGUGGGAAAAUGGCCCUGAACAGCCCUCAGCCUGGCCCUGUGGAAAGCGAGCUGGGGAAGCAGCUCUUGAAAACAGGCUGGGAGGGCAGCCCUCUGCCGAGAAGUCCAACCCAGGAUGCGGCAGGAGUGGCUCCCCCAGCCUCCCAGGGGAGAAGCCCAGCUGGAGAGCCAACGGGGCCCAAGGCUGGCUCCAAAGCUGAGCUUCCACCCACUGUGUCCCGGCCCCCGCUGCUGCGAGGGCUCUCCUGGGACAGUGGCCCUGAAGAACCUGGCCCCCGGCUGCAGAAAGUGCUUGCCAAGCUGCCACUGGCAGAGGAAGAAAAACGUUUUGCAGGCAAAGCCGGCAGCAAGCUGGCCAAGGCCCCUGGACUCAAAGACUUUCAGAUACAAGUGCAGCCCGUGCGGAUGCAGAAACUGACCAAGCUCCGAGAGGAGCACAUCCUGAUGAGAAAUCAGAACUUAGUGGGGCUCAAGCUUCCAGACCUUAGUGAAGCAGCUGAGCAGGAAAAAGGGCUUCCUUCUGAACUCUCCCCAGCUAUUGAGGAAGAAGAGUCAAAGAGUGGCUUAGAUGUCAUGCCUAAUAUUUCUGAUGUGCUGCUGCGCAAACUGCGGGUCCACAAGAGUCUCCCUGGAAGUGCCCCUCCACUCACUGAAAAGGAAGUUGAGAACGUGUUUGUACAACUGUCCUUGGCCUUUAGAAAUGAUAGCUACACUCUGGAAUCUAGAAUUAACCAGGCUGAAAGGGAACGCAACCUGACAGAGGAGAACACUGAGAAGGAACUGGAAAACUUCAAAGCUUCCAUUACGUCCUCAGCUUCACUCUGGCACCACUGUGAGCACCGGGAGACCUACCAGAAGUUGCUGGAGGACAUCGCUGUCCUGCACCGCCUGGCUGCCCGCCUCUCCAGCCGAGCUGAGGUGGUGGGCGCCGUCCGCCAGGAAAAGCGCAUGUCGAAAGCAACAGAAGUGAUGAUGCAGUAUGUGGAGAAUCUAAAGAGGACGUAUGAGAAGGACCAUGCAGAGCUCAUGGAGUUUAAAAAGCUUGCAAAUCAGAAUUCAAGCCGCAGCUGUGGCCCCUCUGAAGAUGGGGUCCCUCGUACGGCACGGUCCAUGUCCCUUACGCUGGGAAAGAAUAUGCCUCGCCGGAGGGUCAGCGUUGCCGUGGUUCCUAAGUUUAAUGCCCUGAAUCUGCCUGGCCAAACUCCCAGCUCAUCGCCCAUUCCCUCCUUACCAGUCUUGUCGGAAUCACCCAAUGGGAAAGGCAGCUUACCUGUCACUUCAGCACUGCCUGCACUUUUGGAAAAUGGAAAGACAAAUGGGGACCCAGAUUGUGAAGCCUCUGCUCCUGCGCUGACCCUGAGCUGCCUGGAGGAGCUUAGUCAGGAGACCAAGGCCAGGAUGGAGGAAGAAGCCUACAGCAAGGGAUUCCAAGAAAGUCUAAAGAAGACCAAAGAACUUCAAGACCUGAAGGAGGAGGAGGAAGAACAGAAGAGUGAGAGUCCUGAGGAACCUGAAGAGGUAGAAGAAACUGAGGAAGAGGAAAAGGGCCCAAGAAGCAGCAAACUUGAAGAAUUGGUCCAUUUCUUACAAGUCAUGUAUCCCAAACUGUGUCAGCACUGGCAAGUGAUCUGGAUGAUGGCUGCAGUGAUGCUGGUCUUGACUGUUGUGCUGGGGCUCUACAAUUCCUAUAACUCUUGUGCAGAGCAGGCUGAUGGGCCCCUUGGAAGAUCCACUUGCUCGGCAGCCCAGAGGGACUCCUGGUGGAGCUCAGGACUCCAGCAUGAGCAGCCUACAGAGCAGUAGGAAACCUCACACCUAGCCAGUGCCCUGCUCUGAGACACUCAGACUACCACCCUUUCCCCAAGUAUAACGUCAGGCCCAAGUGUGGACACACUGCCGCCCAUCCCAUCGGGUCAUGAGGAAGAGUUCUUUUAACACUCGGCACUUCUGUGGGAGCUAUUCAUACACAGUGACUUGAUAUUCUUGGAGGAUCAACAAAACUGCCCUGGGAAAGCAUCCAGUGGUUGAAGAAGUCACCUUCACAAGGAACUUUAUUGGAAGGGAAGGUCUCCUGCCCCUAGCUCAGGUGGCUGGGGAGAACUAAAACACCUUCACUGGUGGUUGGGGGUAAGGAGCAGGGCAUGGGGGAGGAGGAGGUAGGGGGCAGUAAAAAACUUACUCUCUUUUUUCCUCUCUGUAAUUGGUUAUCCGGAAGAAUUUGCUUAAUGACUAACACCCUAAGCAUCAGACCUGGAAUUUGGAGUUGCAAAGUGACUAUCUUCCCAUUUCCCAUCUCAUUUUCAAUAACUUCAGCCUCCCAUUCUUUCCUUUGGAAUGAGAGUUUCUUUUUACAGAAGUAGGAAAGGCUUCUCAGAAAAAAAAAAAGUAUAGGCUGAAUUUAGCUCAGUGCUUGAAAUGGGAAGAUAUGAAUUAUUAUAUACGCAUCUGUCCACACAUACACACAUACUGUUGUGUACACACAUACACACAACAUGCCUGUGCACAGAGCCAGCCCUUCAAAAGUGUGCUCUGGGUGUGUACCUCUGGAUAAAUAAGACGCAUGCCAAGCCAACCCACAGAUUUUCACUAGUGUGGGGCAGUCACCAGGCACCUGUUCAAUGAGCUGUCCACACGGAUUGAAGAUGUUUUAAAAACACAGAAAACUCAUGGCUUCAAUGGCAGACUUACUAGUCGCCAUUUCAAAUGCCAACUCUGAGCUGCUGUACAGCACAAUCUAUUCUCUAUUCUCUCUUUGAAAACAGUUAACCCACCUCACAGGUGAAUGAGGAGAGAAGAUGUGCUUUCUGCUUCAGUCUCUUACUCUGUGUGUGACCACAUGCAAGGGUAAACUUGCACCUCAGUGCUUCAGUUCAAAUGGGAUUUCCAACCCAAGUAUAAUUAGGGGUGUUUCAGAGCAUCCCCAGUUAUUUAGCACAACACUGAAGGAGCACAUUCCCUCUCCAUUUUGACUUCUGUCUCCACUUUUACAGCCACUGCCUUCAUCAGUUUUGUAGGGGUGUUGAUUUCCAUGUGGGUUUUGUUGUCAUUGUUUUGCAUUUUUGUUUUGUUAUUGAUAUUGUUUGCUCUCAUUGCUAAAACUCAUAUACGACUUACUAUGAGCCAAGCACUGUUCUCAGUAUUAUAUAGGUAUGAAUUCAUUUAAGUCCUGAAGAAAAAGAAAAAAAAAAUAUGAAGUGGAUACUACCCUUCCCAUUUUCAAAUAAGGAAACUGAAGCACAAAAAGAACAAGUAACUUGACAAGGACACCCAGGUAGUAAACUACGGGGCUGGAGCUCAACCCCAGGGUAGGCUGGCUCCAGAGCUGUGCUCUCCUUGACUCUUCUGAUGGUCUCCUAGCUGGAAGCCUCACAUUUCAGUCUCACUCCCCCAAGUGGCCCAUCAGCUACUCCAUCUCUGGCUCCCAAACUAAACAGUUUCUCUCAUAGCGCUGGACCUCCACUCACUAGUUUUUUUUCCAGCUGUUCUUCUCUUUUCUUCAGGUCACUCUUCUUGACCAAGUGCAAAAAUUAUCCCCUCCAUACCAGCUUCGAUGACCUUCCUUCCAUACUCCUCACCAGACACAACAUAAUAGGUCACACACUCCUCUGUGCUUUCUGGCACUUUUUAAACAUCAUUAUUAUUGACCUUUACCUAUAGUAUAUCAUGGCCUAUUUAUGUAUCUGUCUCCCCUAGCAUUUUUCCUCAGACAAGAACCAUGUCUUACCCAUCUCUCGGGUAAGUGCCUAGCAUGGUGGCUGAUGUUUGGGAGGGUGUCAUUAAAUGUUGCUCAAAAGAACAAGCAAACAUUCAAGGUGGUGGAGAGCAGCCUGGGGACAAAUGACAUGCUGCAUGCUUCUCAGUACCAGCACCAUCACCACCAUCACAAUGCAAAAAGCAACAUGUUUCUUAACCUCAGCUUAUUCUGUUUCUCAGUCUACUCUGUGAGAGAGCAGGAAUGAGACCAGACUAGCAACACCAUUUCCAAGCUCAAGGACUGGGCUCAAUACAGUCACUCCUUCAGAGAGACCCCCCACCCCAAGCAUGCCCCACUUUAAAAUAGCAUGUUUAUUGAAGGGGGCAUCCUUUACAGUAGCUAGAAAAUGACUGAGGCCCAAGCCAGGGUUGAUCAAGGAUGUGCCAUUAAGGUAAAGAGUUACAGAGCAGGGCAGAGGGACUUUGGGGGCAGAAGUGGAUGAUUUGCCUGGCCUCUUCCAGGGGGUCUGGAUACAACUGAAGGAGCUUUAGCUACAUGAGGCCCUCAGAGCCAAAGACAGGAUGCAAGUGGAGUUCCAGAGAGUGGCUGUGGAAGCAGAACUCCAGGUAGGGAAUGUUCAAUCUCUGCCUCCCUUAAAGAAGGGCCAGGCUCAGCUGGCCCCAUUGUUCACUUGGUCACAAGUUUCCCACCUUUGUUUCUAGAUGAGUCAAAGGCCAGAAAGGCAGUUAUGGAGAGCUCCUGCACCUCCAGCUGCCCCACAGAAAAGCCUGCAAGAGUACUUCCAGGCACAGGCCCUCUCCCACCCUAUUCCAUUUGUAAGCAAGGGAGGUCAAGGAAAAGGUAAUCUCCAAAAGGGAGCAUAAGAAUAGCCAUAUGUACAAGGGCUGAAAAAGUGCUCAUGGGUCCAUCUUUUCUGGAAAGCAAAGACCAGCCUGAAGCAGUGGGAGCUGCUGCCCAAGCGGUAGUGAACUGGAGAGAAACAGGCCCUGGAUUUUCAAUGAAAAUGUGGAUCUGAAAAGUCCCCCAAAUGCCUCUGAAGUCUGACAUCUCUGCUUAGCCCUAGGAGUCUGGUUCCCUGCCUUCAGUUGCAGAGUGAUGUGUUUGUGUCAUUGUUGAUGUCACCUCCUAAAAAGACCUUCACUUUCUGGCUGCCACAAAGCCAUAUAUGUUGCUCCCCAUAUACAGCCUGACAGAGUAAAUGGAGAGGAAGUGCUGGAUUUGUGUAUCACUGGCUGUCAGUUCCUCAUGUUGUUAAGCCUCACACAGGUGUGCUAGCAUUGAACUGUAGAGUGUCACAUACCUGAGUUUGAAAAUAAAAGCACAUUUCCAAACCUCUGGCAGCAGCCAAAUGCCUCCUCAUUUUAUGGAAUUGAUUUACAGUCUUACCCCAACCCAGAAUUAGAUGCCUUUGGGUAUAUUAGUGCAUUCCAGAACCAAGUCAGAGGUCCCCAACCCUUGGUUUUUGUACUAUGGGCUACCUCACAGGGGCUGGAUCAGUUCCUCCUCUUCCCUUCCCCAUUCUUGAUCCUAGUUUCCUGUAUCUUCCUGGUCUAUGAUUUUUUUAAUUAACACAUUUUGCUGUGAUUGAGUCUGCUGAGUUUUUAACCAACCUGAUUUCCACAGCUGAACUAUUUUUUGGUCUUUCUUACAGCUAGCUGCAGGGAAAUGUGGACUUUCCAAAUCUAGUUCCCUAAAAAUAAACUCUCCUGCUCAAUACUUCACACCUUUUUUUACUCCCUUCUCUGCCUACCAAAGCCAGAGGAUUCAGAUGAGAACACUGAGACCCAAGAAAAUGGCAGAACCACUAGAUGGAAGCUGGGUCUUUGAAUGAGCACUCCCAGUAUUGAACUGUGACAUGAAUAAGAAAUAAGAUUUUAGUGUAUUAAGCCACAGAGAUUCCAGGAUGUUUAUAGCAGUUAGCCUACCCUAAUGCAUACAUUUGAACCAGAAAUUGUGUACUUUAACAGCAAAAUUCCAAAAUAUGAAGUUCUAGCUUACCAGUUACAUGGCAAGAAACAAAACUGCUGGAAAGAUGGUAAGAUGGUAAAGUCUUACCUGUGAUAACUUGGAAAGCAUCUCAUGGUUAGCCUAUUUAUAAGUGGUGGAAAGAAUCAGCGUUGGGGUAUGGAAACUUCUCUUGGCUGCCUUUGGCAAGGUAUUGCAGGAGAAAUAAUUGGCUAUGUGGGAGCAGAAAUGAAAAAGAAUAUAGAGUAUUCAGAAAUGUGAAAGAUAGAAGGGUGAGAAAACCUGACCACUUCUAAAUCCCAGACAGACUAAAAAGAGCUUUGAAUGCGAGCCAAUAAAAUUUCUCAGUUGAACAGAUCGACUCAGCCUUAUGGCAAAGGCUAGAUUAAGGAUGUGGCCCUUUGUGAGUUCAAAUGAACUUAGUGUAUUCACCACCAAAUUUGAGGGGUAUGGUGCUGAGAAACAAGAAAUACUUCUUGAGAAUUAUGACUGGGAAAGGAUUCGGGGUAUGAUUAUUGGGACAUGGAAGCAGAAAUCUAACUUUGUGAGGGAAUUUACAAAGAAACACAAGCCAGGACUAAAAACCCCUUUCAUUGUUCAGGUGAGGAAACAGCUUUGUGGAGGAAAGAAAAUAUAUCAGAGAGAUACCUGCACCCUCAUGUUUAUUGCAGUAGUAUUCACAAUCGCCAAGAUAUGGUAUUAAAAUGUGUCCAGCAACAGAUGAGUGGAUGAAGAAAACAUGGUAUACAUACACAAC